GAAGUAUACUUGAAGUCAGUUCUUCAGAUAUUUACUAAAUAUUGUGAAAUAAAUCAUUUUCAAAAUGGUGUCCAAAGUGUUUGUUGCUCUUGCCAUCAUUGGCUUUAUAGGGGCUGCACAAGCCUUUUUCGAACAAGAUGCCGUCUUAGAUAAGAUGGUAGAUGACAUCUCUGCUGAAUAUGAGAACAGCAUUGCAAGAAUUAGCCAAGAUAGCAAAAUUGAUAUGAUUGCCGCUGAAUUCGAAAAACAAGGAUUUGCCCCUGAAGUCGAUAGAGAUUUGGAGAGGUUCAACAAAGAAGUUGAAAGGAAACUUAGCAAAAAAGUGAGUGAAGCCGCAAAGGAAUGCCUUAAAGGCCAACACCAAAAAGCUCUAGGCUACGCACAAGAAGCCCGUGCUAAGGUCAAGGCUUGCAGAGAUGACAAACGUGAUGAAUUCAACCAAGUUCGCCAAAAUGGCUUGGCCGCCUGGAGAGAAGCCAGGGAGAACGCCGAAGCCCUCAGAGCACAAGCCAAGGAGUGCGUUGUGACCGCAGCCGAUGUCGAUGAAGCCAGAGUUUGCUUGAAAGGGGUUCUCCAAGCUGCCCACGAAGGAGCAAAAGACUUGGCCAAGGCACUCAAAGAAACCUGGUCCCAAUUGGGCAACUUAGUCCGUGAAGUCGGAAAAUGCGCAAGGGGAGCCUUGAAAGAAUUUAGGGACAACUUAGUACAAGUCCGUAAAGACUGUGCCGACUGCUUAAAACUUACUGAUAACUAAAUUAGUUUAAGAAUUGUAUAACAAACUGUAAACUUCCUAAAAAUGUCUAGUGAUAUAUUAUUUGUGGUCUAAUGGUUCUAGCUUAUGUAGCUUUUUGACAAAUAAAAAUUGUUUAUAAAAAGA